AUGAGCCAAUUUAUUCAACGUGUCGCCAACUACAUUGCAAAUGAAGUCCUCAUCAAGGGACUUGCAAAUUCGAAAACGUUUCAACGUUUUGCUAUUCGAACAGAUCAUAACCUGCAAAAUUUGCACAAGACCGGAACUGAGCACUUCGAAAAGGCCUUUGAAGACAUU